GCAGCUGACGUGUGGGAACCGGGAGGGGAGUGCGGGGGAGUGACCAGGGAAGCCGCCUGGGUGUCGUGCGUCCCUCCAUCCCCUGUCCCUCAGUCCUGCCGCUCCCACCAUGGCACUCCGGGGCCCGCUCCCAGCCGUCAUCCCAGAGGACCAGGAGUUCCCCCCGGCGGCCCGAAACGGGGAGCGCCGGGGUCUCGGCAGCCAGGACGAGAGGGCCGAGUCCAGGCUGCAGCGCCGGCACAGCGAUGUCAGGGUCUACAAGGAGUUCUGUGACUUUUACGCCAGAUUCAACAUGGCCAACGCCCUGGCCAACGCCAGCUGCGAGCGCUGCCGGGGCGGCUUUGCGCCCGCUGAGAAGAUUGUCAACAGCAAUGGCGAGCUCUACCACGAGCAGUGCUUCGUGUGCGCCCAGUGCUUCCAGCAGUUCCCAGAGGGCCUCUUCUAUGAGUUUGAAGGAAGGAAGUACUGUGAACAUGACUUCCAGAUGCUCUUUGCUCCUUGCUGUCAUCAGUGUGCGCCUCCUGCGGGGUCCUGGCACAGGAAGAGUGGUUUCCCAGGGCUGUGGGCAGGGAGGCUGAGCUGCGGCCUGAGCGUCCCUCCUGCAGGCGAAUUCAUCAUCGGCCGGGUGAUCAAAGCCAUGAACAACAGCUGGCACCCCGAGUGCUUCCGCUGCGACCUGUGCCAGGAGGUCCUGGCCGACAUUGGUUUCGUCAAGAACGCCGGGAGGCACCUGUGUCGCCCCUGUCAUAACCGGGAGAAAGCCCGGGGCCUCGGCAAAUACAUCUGUCAGAAGUGCCACGCCAUCAUUGACGAGCAGCCCCUGAUAUUCAAGAACGACCCCUACCAUCCAGACCACUUCAACUGCGCCAACUGCGGGAAGGAGCUGACUGCCGACGCCCGGGAGCUCAAGGGGGAGCUGUACUGCCUGCCAUGCCACGACAAGAUGGGGGUGCCCAUCUGCGGUGCCUGCCGCCGGCCCAUUGAGGGGCGUGUGGUGAACGCCAUGGGCAAGCAGUGGCACGUGGAGCAUUUUGUCUGUGCUAAGUGUGAGAAGCCAUUCCUUGGACAUCGCCAUUACGAGAGGAAGGGCCUGGCAUACUGCGAAACCCACUACAACCAGCUAUUUGGUGAUGUUUGUUUCCACUGCAACCGUGUUAUAGAAGGCGAUGUGGUCUCCGCCCUCAACAAGGCCUGGUGUGUGCACUGCUUUGCCUGUUCCACCUGCAGCGCCAAGCUGACACUCAAGGAUAAGUUUGUUGAGAUUGAUCUAAAGCCAGUCUGCAAACAUUGUUAUGAGAAAAUGCCAGAAGAAUUUAAGAGGAGACUUGCCAAGCGGGAGAGAGAAGCCAAGGAUAAGGACAAGCAGAAAAAGAAAAAGCCAGUCUGUCUGUGAGCUUUUCUGUCCCUCUGCCACCAUUUCUACUGCUUUCUCCUGUGGAAUAAAUUUGUGGAGUUUGACAUGAAGCCAGUCUGUAAGAAGUGCUAUGAGAAAUUUCCGUUGGAGCUGAAGAAAAGACUUAAGAAGCUAGCUGAGACCUUAGGAAGGAAAUAACUUCCUUUAUUUUUUCUCUUCUAUGCAAAGAUAAGAGAUCACAACAUUGCCUGACCUGAUGCACCCUGUCUUAAAGUUGAGUCUCAAAAACGUUGAGAGCAAAGAGGACCUAUUGAACACCUGUUGGUGUUCUUCAUCUCCUUUUUCUCAUUAAAGAGAAAAAAAGUUUGUCAUCAUAUUUAAAACAUGGAUGAGAUCAAGAUUUGCCUUUGUUAAUAACCCUUAUCAGUUUGUUGAAAUGUAGAUGAUACAUAAUAGAAAAAGAAACAUGGUUAAAUGUUAAAUUUUAAUUAGGGUCCAAAAUAUUAAAUAUAACUUUUAAAAAUGAAAGGAGUCAGUUUUUACAUGACUCAGAUAAAAAAAUAUAAACAUUAUUUACUUUGUAUUUGAAAGAAAAUUAAUUACAACUGCAGUUGGGGAGGAUAUAAAAAAGAAAACCAUAUCUCACAGAAUCUUAGUGUGUUUAUCAAACUAGUGACUGUAAAAUGAAUAUACACAUUGCUCAUAUAUGAAACAAGUAUAUUCAGAACUACUUGAUUUGGGGACUUUUAUUGUUAUGGUUAAAUGCAAUAAGUAUUAAGCUUAGUUUUAAUUUUUGUUCUCCUUUGUGAACUUCUUUAUACAGUUACUUAACAUAGUAGUUAUAGCUAGCUAAUAGUAUUCUUUUUAAAAUUUUGUGCAGAAAAAAUUUAUACUAGGUAUUUGAAAAUACAGUAUACUUUACAAUAUUGGAAAAAUGAAGUAUUUUUUCAUGUAUUACAGCAAUUAUACUUUGAAGCUUAAGGUCACAGAUGCAGUCUUAGAGUAGGAUAUGAAAUUAAAUGUUAAGUAGUUGGGAAUGUAUCACUUAAAAAACGUGAAUGUUUAUGUAUUGAUCAUAUUGCCUUUAUAACCAUGCUAAUAUCUAUGCUUUAUAUAUAAAUAAACUUGCCUUGCCUUAGAAAAAUACAUACAUUAAUCAGGAAUUCUAGCUGUUUCAUACCUUACAAACUAAAAACAAGUGUAUUGAAUGAGAUUUGUAAACUCAAAUUCAUUUACCACAGCUAUGAUUAUAUUAAAAUUUUUUUCUUCUUUUUAGGGAAACACAUUGAAAUUAAUUUGUGAUCUUAAUUAGAAGAGAAUUAUGUUGAUAUGUGUUUCAAGUUUUUAUUACAAAUCUUAUAAUUAGAUUUUAUUUACUGUAUGUAUGAGUUAUAAGUAACACUUUUAAAUUGGAAGAGUGGUGUUUAAGUGUCAACUUUAGGCCAAAAGUAGUGAAUUAUUUUAUUUUGCAAAGUUUUAUCUUAAAGUUUCUGGAUGUCUUUCUCCAUAAACCUAUAUGCAAAGUGAAUUUUGUGAACACUUUUUAAAUGUUGCUGCUACUUACCUAUGUUAUCAUAUAAAAGAAAGUUGCAAAGAUGGGCUUCUACGGGGAAAAUUAUUGGUAUUUUCAAAAAAUUGCUGAAAUGUUAUUUUGCCAUUAAAAAAAAAAAUCUCAGGAUGCUACCAGUCUGCCAUUAAGAUAUUUGUAUGCAUGUAUUUUUAAAUACUUGUGCAUGCACUUUACAGUAAAUUGUAUUUCAGUUUUCAGUUAAUUUAUAACCAAUAACUUAAUUUUUUUUAGUGCUCUUUUAGAGUUCCAAAUACAAUCAGUGAUAGAAAAUAAUAUAUACUUUAGACUGUGUUCAGAAGUCUGAACAGUCUUUGCAUUUGACAGCAAGAAUCAAAUUCCCUUCAGCGUGCCUUUGUCAGCUAAUACAUGACCAGCAACAAAAAUCUUUAAAGUAUUUAUUAAAUACUGUACUGUGGAUACAGUGCAGGAUCUGCAGUCUGGGGUCUUGAUGCUGAAUUCCUAAAUGCUCCCACACGGGAAAUCCAGAGCAGAAAGCGCCCACUUAACUGUUUCUAAUCACUGGGAAGAGGCAUGGGCUGAAUCACUACAGGCUUCAUGUCUCUUCUGUGCCCAGAGGUCCUGCUGCUCACCUCUCUCAUAAAAUAUGAGUUUGUAAUUCCUGCAAGUUUGCCCCUUGAAGCCUCCAAGGCCAUGGGGUGUUUUAUUCAGACACAUACUCCCUGCCCCCUGCAAGGGAUCAAUGAGCUCUUACCAGGAGUAAGGAGUAAACGGUUGUCAGUGCAUGAGAGGAUGGACUUACUUAGUUUCACAUGGCUUCCUCCCAGAAGGGAGAAGCUCAGGCUAGUGAACAAAUCUUUGCUUAAAAUCCUACAAGGCAUUUGAAAUAAUUCAUUGUUUACUACAUUUCUAAGUGCUCUUUUCCUUAUCAAGCCUAAUAUAAUUGGGAAAAUGUCUGGGUACGAGUCAACAUUCUUUACAUCUUACUAACAUUGUAACUGAUGGUAGGUCAUUUUUGCCUUAUUUGUUUGCCAAAAUAGCAAUUUCUAAAUUAAGGAAAAUUUGAAGUUGGCUUACAGCAUUGUUGUAUUUCAUUUUCGAUUGUAAACUCAGUGGCAGGGACACUAUGUCAAUAAUUAUGUUUUUACAUAGCAACCAGUGCAGUAUACUCUUGGUGCUUAAUAAAUGUUCAUAAUUGUUAA